AUGCUUUUUGCUGAAGCAGUUGCAGCAGGUGGAAAAGAGCAAAAAAAUGAGCAACGAAGUCGACGAUCAAAAGCACCACCAAUUCGGAGUAUCUCACCACCACCAUCACCAUCCUCUCAAAGUGGAGCAAGAUCGUGUUUUGAUGUCUGUAGCGGAAGAAGAAUUAACCCAGUUUCCACCACCACCACCAGAGCAGAGCGAUCGUCUUCUACAGACAAUACAGGCCUCGUCGUCCUUACUCGAUCCUCAGCUCGUCUCCGCAACCGUAAACAAUCAUCAGCAGUCACUAGAACGGAGGAACCAAAAACCUCUCAGCAGCUUGGUAUUGAAUCGAUCGAAACUAUGGAAACGGAGAUAUCUUCGCCGCCGAAGAAUCCAGGAGCACGAGAAAUUGGAACAAGAGAGACUUCAGCGACAGGAAAGAGUAACAUUGGAAACGCUGAGAGAGAGACGAUCCUCGCUACAAUCUCCACUUCCACCACCACCACCGCCAAAGUUGCUGUCUUGCAACCGCGACGAUCAACCAUUUGUCAACGUCGACAACAGAGCAAUGACAAUGACGCUUCCCGACCUGCGAGUGAUCGCCCAACCACCACCACCACCACCCCCACCAUCGUCGUCGAUGGAGAGCUCGCUUACUCCAGUAAACAGCCCAGUGAACAGCCCAGUGAUGAGCCGACGGAGCCGCCGCGGCCGACGGAGCCGCAGACUAGGGUGCAACAAUUGCAACAACUUCCUAAUGAGACACCUGGCAAUUUGUUUCACCCUUAUGCUUUGCGUAAUAUGGUUAAUCGCAGGUCUGAGCGUAUUAGCAAUAAAAACAACGCAGAAAAACAUGCAGUCGAGAACACAGCUGGCUCACGAACUUGCCGUCAAGAUGAUCGAAAAUCACUCUCGAUUGAAGACUCACCACUCUCAUCACCGUCAAAAGCCGUCAAACACUGUGUCGUCAUCGACGACGACGACGACAACUCUGCAACCGAUGAUAAUCAGCGAAAAAGGUCCAAUCUUUGGAGCAACGACAAUCAAUCAGAUUCCUGUUCAAAUGACAAGCGAGUACGAAGGGGAGGGGAGCGGUAUGAAGAAGAAUACAAAUCAAUAAGUAAUCGACGAAAUUAUGCUCACAAGGUGGUGGUGGUUUCCACCGCCACCAACAAUCAACAACAACAAAAACUUUCAAAAAAACCAAAAUACCAAGUCAACUAUUCUCUACACCAAGUGCACGCGAAGAGAUCAUUAAGACAUACAAAAAAAUUCCGAGAAACUUUACAUAAACUUAUUUCCGAGAAAUCGGGAAUAUUUGAAGGAUCACCUGCCAAUUUUUCCAUUCGAGGUAAACGAACUCCUCGCUGGUCGAAAGCGCUCACUCACGACGAGUGGUGCAGAUUACGAGAUUACUUUUUCAAUUCGGAUGAUGGCCAAGUGUUGAUGCCAUUUGAUUUUUACAAUUUUGAACGUGGCAGCGGCGGUGGCGGUGGCAGAGUGGCAAAAAAACCUCGUUUCGAGGAAGACGACGACGACGACGAUUAUAACCUUGACGAGAACGACGCGCACGUAGAAGGAAGUGGCUACAAUGUCAAUUACGAGGAUGGCCGCUUCAAACUCAUCGAUCAUGAGUCAAUUGCUUCCAUGAUUUCAAUUGAAAACAAAUCUGCCAUUUUAGCCGUACUGGAAUUUUUCUGGGUGAUGCUUGAGAUAGAUUUUCAAUCGCCCCCGCUCGAGACCGUUCAUCAUUGGAAAAGUGAACCAAAUUUGGACAAAACCGACAUGAGAAUAAUCGCCAACUCGAUUCGAUUGAUCAACCCAAAUUUACCCAGCAACUUUUUUCAAGAUGAAUUCUCAACUGCUCAAGAAUUUGAACAAACAAACUCUGCCGAUAGCUACACAAAUGGACUCGAUGUUACAAGAGAGAUUCUUCAUCUCCUCUCAAAUAGCAUUACAUUUUCCUACAUAUCGGCAAAAAUGGAUGGCAAGCACUCGGCGCAAGCUUAUCAACAAAUUGGUGGCAUUGCCGAAAAAUGUGUUCUUGAAAAACCAAUCCACAUGAGUGACAUGUACAUGUACUUGGUUUAUCUCGAGAUGACAAUUAGAGAAUGCUCACCGUUUUAUGAAUUUACAACUUUCUUGACGGAUAACAAGGAAACGAUUGUAAAAAUGCCUGCGAGUAUUGUCGCCGAUUGGCGCUCAGAUCGACCACAUCAAUUUCGCGAAAAUUAUGUUCCCACUGAUAACGCGCCAAACAGUGAAAAAAGGCAUGGAUUGUGGAGAACAUUUUGCUCGCAGGGACCUCAAUCAACUGCCGAUGUUAAAACGUCAAGAAAACGAUCGCUGUGCAGCACGUAUAGUGAGGCGGUUGACACUGAAACUCUCAACAAAACACUUUUUCGACUCAGCAUUUUAAAACCAAUGACCAGUCACCCACAAAUUGCCUAUUUGAUGACGCUGAAACGUUUCUUUAGCGGAUUCUGUUUUCUUGAGAAAAAGAAAAUUGAAAAAAUUUUAAAAAUAACUCCCUACGAGCAAGAGAUUCUCGACACGCGGCUCCUUGGCAAUAUGGAGAGUGAAGAACAGCGUGAACGUCGUUUCUCUCUUCAAAAUCUGAUGGUUAAAGCGCGAAAACACAUUUACUAUCAGCAUCGAGCGCGUAUUAAAAAUUUGCUGAGAAGAAUGCUCGAAAAUUAUGUAAAUUUUAUUGCAACUUGCGGCUCUGCUCCAAGUCUAUCCAAAUGUCGACUUCGCCGAGUACAAACUCAACCGACGAAUCCGAUUGCCUUCUUUGAUGAUCACUACAAUUCAUGGGAGAUACGCUGCUCAACUUGCAUUUCCAGUUACAAUAACGAUUACAAUCGAAUCGAGGGUUUUUUAAACCAGCUUGGUCAUAACCACGAUUUUAAUCUCAAAUCUGAGUUUAUGUCAAUGCGAAGAGCUCAGCUGCAUCGCGUUAUGGAGAAUCACAAAUCAAUUUUCGAUUUUUUUACUCAUCAUAAACUCAACUUUGGUCUGCUCAAUGUAAACAACAGCAGCAUUCUUGCAACGGCCGCUGAAAUUGCUGAAAUUGAUCCACAUUGUGAAUCCGCGUCGUCACCGCCGCCGCCGCCGCCGAUGGGCGACGCGGCAGGAGAAAUUACAUCAAAAGAAUCUCAAUCUGCUGCAUUUAACAGUAGCAGCAACAAUGCAAACAAUGAUGAUGAUAAAUUGAUGAUAGAGCCGACUUCAACAAAUUGGGGCGGCAGCGGCGGCGGCGGCAACGAUGGCCCCAUCAUUGAGAUAUCAUCAAGCUACUCUUCAACUGAUGAUGAAACUGACGAUCCGAUCUACAACAACCAGCAAAGAGAGCAGCAAUCGAGCGCCCAGCAGCAACGACAGUGCAGCAACCAGUCAAGCUACGGCUAA